AUGGUUAAAGCAGAUAUUCCAAAAUCAGUGAUACAAAAGUUGAUGAUUUUCACCGCAUUGAUGAUAAUAGUGCCCCUUGUUACAUUCUUUACAGUACAGUAUUUCACACCAAACAGUAUAAUAAGUGGUGGAUUGAGUGCGUUGUCUGCCAACAUUGUCUUGAUUGGGUACAUUGUGGUUGCAUUCACCGAGGACACGUCAUCGCUACAAUACGAAUCAGAGAAGGAGAAAAAGAUUGACUAA